CAGGCAGCUGCCCGGCGCUCCAGGCCGGCGGAGAGGACCUGCGGAAGGCGCCUCUGUGCCGACUCUGCUGUUAGCGGGGCCUUCCUGAGGACGGCGUGCUUAGUGCGGGGAAUGAAGGAUGGCAGCACGCCGUGCAUUAAAAGCUGUUUUGGUGGAUCUCAGUGGCACACUUCACAUUGAAGAUGCAGCUGUGCCAGGCGCACAGGAAGCUCUUAAAAGGUUACGUAGUACUUCUGUAAUGGUUAGGUUUGUGACCAACACGACCAAAGAGAGCAAGCAAGACCUACUGGAAAGGUUGAAAAAAUUGGAGUUUGACAUUUCUGAAGAUGAAAUAUUCACAUCUCUGACUGCAGCCAGAAGUUUAGUAGAGCAGAAACAGGUCAGGCCCAUGCUGCUAAUUGAUGAUCGAGCACUACCUGAUUUCAAAGGAAUACAAACAAGUGAUCCUAAUGCUGUGGUCAUAGGAUUAGCACCAGAACAUUUUCAUUAUCAAAUUUUGAAUCAAGCAUUCCGGUUACUCCUGGAUGGGGCGCCUCUGAUAGCAAUCCACAAAGGCAGGUAUUACAAGAGGAAAGAUGGCUUAGCCCUGGGGCCUGGACCAUUUGUGACUGCUUUAGAGUAUGCCACAGACACUAAAGCCACAGUAGUGGGAAAACCAGAGAGGACGUUCUUUUUGGAGGCAUUGCGGGGCACUGGCUGUGAACCUGAGGAGGCCGUCAUGAUAGGAGAUGAUUGCAGGGAUGAUGUUGGUGGGGCUCAGAAUGUCGGCAUGCUGGGCAUCUUAGUAAAAACUGGGAAAUAUCGAGCAUCAGAUGAAGAAAAAGUCAGUCCACCUCCUUACUUAACUUGUGAGAGCUUCCCUCAUGCUGUGGACCACAUUCUGCAGCAUCUACUGUGAACCAUUAUAUAAAUCUGAAGCAACUUGAAACGCGGCUUUUCAUUGUCUGGAAUGAAUCCCUUACCAACUCAAUGCCAGCAUCAGGAGACACAUGCCACUCAGUGCUGAUCAUGUCUUAAUCCUCUUUUAUUGUGCAUUAAUUAGAAAGAAAGGUAUUGAAUUACAGCCAGGCACUAAGCGUUGCUAAUCCCUUUUGUUUUAUUUUGUAAAAGAAGAUGAGACCCAAAGAAAGGGAAAGCUGAGAUUUGCGCCAUUCCUUUUAAAAUAUUCAUCAGUUUAGGCAGGCCUGGGAGGGAGAAGCUACUGCAAGGAAUAGUGGUCUCUGCGAAUGUCCUCACCGGUAAAGUAGGAGGGGGGAAUUCAGAUUGUGAAUAAGGUUGAAUGGUAGUUUUAAAAUUAUAAAGUAAUUUGUUGAAAGGUGCAUUAGACUGGGUAUAAGACAGAAGCGGCAAAAUGAAUUGUCCUUUAGCCCAAGUGAUACAGUGAAUGUGCUUUAACAGAUGGUGAAAACUAGAUUUUUCUGCUGUAUUCCCAGCACGGGUGACUUCUUUUUCUCUUCAUUAGCCAGAGAUGACUAAUUUAAAUUUAGAUCCUGAUUUUAAUUUAAAAUAAUAUUUCCAUUAAUAACCUAUUCAUUGCAGAUACCUAUUAUACUGUGUAACAGUUGUUUUGGAAAUUUUAUGUAAAAUUAAAACUAUCAGUAUUUUACAGAUGUUUUAAUUAGACAUUGUUAUUAACAGAAACAGUGAAGAAACUAAAAUCAAGCCUUUAAUGUCUUAUAGACCAUGCAUUUUUGAAGUUAGUGUCCACUGGGGUCCUAUUAACUGUACAUUUGCAAGAUUUCAUUAUUUUUGCCUUUGACACUGGGAAAAAUCUUUUAGAAGCUAUUGGGACAGAUUCAAGCUUUUAUGUACUUGGUUACUACAGCUGUAAAAUGAAAUUUCGUCUUGUAGCAUGGAUUAUUCUUCUCAUGUUAAACCCACCAAAAUGAAGGGGACUAAAUAGGUAAUGAUUUUCCUAGUGCAUUUGCAUAUUGUGAUAAUCCUGGGCCUUUGCAAUUGUUUUAUAGGACUCCUGGGCAUUGAAUUAUUAGAAUGUAAUUGUACAUCACUGUAGUGUUCACCUUAUUGAAUCUCACACUGGUGUUAAUGAGCUUGGGGUUUUGAUGCUUGUUUAGAGAUCAGCUUGGUCUUGCAUGGGAGGGAGCAAAGCUAAAUAAAUGGUAGUUUGGUGAGCA